AUGGUCUUACUCGAUGAAUCUAUGGUAGUCACCUACCAACGCAGGGUCGACAGGCUACAGGAACGCAUUGCAGAUCUCAAUAAGGAGCUUGCCCAACACGUUAAGGCAUUCUUCGAACUACAGGGCCAGCUCCACAUUGCGAGAUAUAAUUCUUUGCACUUUAAGUCGGACAACUACGCAGAGGAAGUGUUGGUUCUUGAUUGGGCGCUCAGAUGGGAGAAAGGCCAAAGAGAUGAAACCAGGAGGAAGAUUGAGAUGAAUGAGUGGCUGAUGGAGGAACCUACUCGUGAAUUGGCUCUUGUCAAACACAUGAUACAGACAAAACCUGUGCUCAUGUCUGAUGAUACCGACAAUGGAUCAUCCACGAUGGAGACAACUGGGGGGGAUACCGAGGAGGAUACCGAGGAGGAAGGGGCCGAGGAGCAGAUGGCACAGGAGAAGGAGGAGACCGAAUGGGAGGGCAUCAUGGAGGAAUAG